GAGGACUCAGCGGUUUCAAGCAGAACCAUGAAAACCUCUGUGAUAACUCCCUCCAGCUGCAAGAGUGCCCGGAGGGGGGAGGAGGUGGUGGUGCGUCCGCCGUGCCCCCCACGCUACCUCAGUCCGUCCCCACCACACCAGAUAUCGAGAACGCUGAGCUCACCCCUAUCCUGCCCUUCCUCUUCCUCGGAAAUGAGCACGAUGCUCAGGACUUGGAGAAAAUGCAGAGGAUGAACAUAGGCUACGUAAUCAAUGUGACCACCCACCUGCCCCUGUACCAUUACGAGAAAGGCUUGUUCAACUACAAGCGGCUCCCGGCCACUGACAGCAACAAGCAGAAUCUCAGGCAGUAUUUUGAAGAGGCUUUUGAGUUCAUUGAGGAAGCUCAUCAGUGUGGAAAAGGUCUCCUCAUCCACUGCCAGGCUGGUGUCUCCCGAUCUGCCACCAUAGUUAUCGCGUACUUAAUGAAGCACACGCGAAUGACCAUGACGGAUGCCUAUAAAUUUGUUAAAGGCAAACGACCAAUCAUUUCCCCUAACCUUAACUUUAUGGGGCAGUUACUGGAGUUCGAAGAAGAUCUAAACAAUGGUGUUACACCACGCAUCCUCACACCAAAGCUCAUUGGCGUAGAGACUGUCGUGUGACAGCGAAGCUGCCGGGAGGUGGUCGAUGAAGGGGUUAACCUAUUCUUCACCUGAUUUGGGGCAGUGACGGGUGGGUUGUGGGUUUUUCUUUUUAGCUUUCAAGGGGGGUUUUGUGGCAAACUUUUUGUGAAUAAAAACUUUUUUUUUUUGUAAGGAAAGGUUUUUAAAAGCAAUCCAAGAACUUUGCCAUGUUUGGGAUGCUGUUGUGAUUUCCUUCCCAAAUGCCGGCAGAGCAGGGAGGCUUCGGGGCAAAAGGAGUAACUUUUAAAAUCAAAACAACAUGAAGAAGAAAUAUUAGGCUUUUUUUUUUUUUCUUUUUACUUUUCCCUCCUCUCCAGCUACUUGUAGAGUUUAUGGCUAAGUAGUCUGUGCAGGUUCAUAGACUGAAGAAACCUAAGUUGACGACAAAACACAAACAGACAACACAAAGCAGAAAAAAACGCCCUGAAACAUAAGGGCCUUCAUUCUGCAAAGGCUUUGCUAAAGAUAACCUAGCUAAAAGCUCACUGAUGCAAAGGAAAUCGGAGCAGCUUAAAAAGUCUGCAAGGCACUUUUCACACUCCUGACUCAAACUGAAGAAGAAGAAGAAAAAAAAAAGUUUAUUUGGCGUGUUUCAUGUUCUAGUUCUAUUUUUCUAUUUUGGGCUGUAAGGUUUUAACAGCAAGGGACUUUAAUCAUUCUAUGCCAUAUGCCUUCACUGGCUUCUUGUGCAAUAAUAAUUUGGGGUUUGUUUUGAGUGUUCAAACCAGUUAGAGUUGGCUGCCCACUAAUAAUAAGAUAAUAAUUUUUAAAGUCUACUAGUGCAAUGGCAGCCAGCUUGGUUCAGAAAGGAUAAAUGAGAGCAAUUAUUUUGUUCCUUUAUAUGAUUUUUGAUCCUGGUUACAGUGCCAUAAACCUUGUUACAUAUGUAUAUCAGAAUGUACAAAAAUCAAGAACGAGCAAAGUUUAUUUAAAAAUAUUUUUCGCACAAAAUACUGGUGUGUUUCAGUUGUCUAUGUAAAAAAAAAUUUGAUUAUAAAACAAAAAUCUUUUGGAAAAA